AUGCCACCAAGGCGUGCCCCUAGCGCUGCCGCCGUAGCACCCGCAGCGAAUGUGAGCACAGCAAGUACACAACCCAAGCCGAAGUCAACUGGAGCAAAAGUCGACGACGGCGACACCGAGGCUGCGGCAAAGCCCGUAGGGGACUCUUUCGAUGAGUUGCUAAGGACGUAUUACAAGGGCAAGCACUUGGCGGACUCGAUCAGCACAGCUGAGGAUAAAUGGACCUUGUUGCCAAUGUUCCUGAAGGUCAAGGGCUUGGUGAAGCAGCACAUCGACUCGUUCAACUACUUUAUAGACGUGGACCUGAAAAAGAUCGUCAAGGCGAACGAGAGGGUGCUAAGCGACGCGGAUCCGCAAUUCUUCCUCCGCUACCUGGACAUCCGGGUCGGCACGCCGGAGCGCUUGGACAUCGAGAGCAAUGCCGAGAUUACGCCCAACGAGUGCCGGUUACGGGACCUCACGUAUGCGGCGCCGAUAUUCGUCGAUGUGGAAUACAGCCGCGGGAAGCAGAUCGUGCGGAAACGGGCGGUGAACAUCGGACGGUUGCCCAUCAUGCUGCGCAGUAAUAAGUGCGUGCUGAGCGGCAAGGGCGAGAUGGAUAUGGCUAGGCUUAAUGAAUGUCCGCUGGAUCCCGGGGGUUACUUUGUUGUCAAUGGGACGGAGAAGGUCAUCCUUGUGCAGGAGCAAUUGAGCAAGAAUCGUAUCAUCGUAGAGAACGAUGCCAAGAAGGGCGUUGUUCAGGCUUCCGUUACUUCGUCUACGCAUGAGCGAAAGUCUAAGACUUAUAUCAUUUCGAAGAAGGGAUGUAUUUACCUGCGGCAUAACUCGAUUGUUGACGAUAUGCCGAUUGUGUUGGUUCUGAAGGCCAUGGGGGUCCAAUCUGACCAUGAGAUAUUGCUGCUGGUUGCUGGAACGGAUAUGGUUUACCAAGAUACUUUCUCAAUAAAUUUUGAGGAAUGCUCAAAGCUUAAGGUCUUUUCGCAACAGCAGGCGUUGGAAUAUCUGGGAGCUAGGGUCAGGAAACAGAGGUUUAUCGGUCCCAUGAAGCAACGGACGACGGUUCAGGAAGCUUUACAAUGCCUAGCGGAUAUUGUUUUAGCACAUGUCUACGUCGAGAAUUUGAACUUUAGACCGAAGGCAAUGUACCUUGCAUUUAUGACGAGGAGGGUGGUGAUGGCUAUGACUGAUCCGUCCUUGGUGGAUGAUCGGGAUUACGUUGGGAACAAGAGGCUUGAGCUUGCUGGGCAGCUCUUGUCCCUUUUAUUUGAGGAUCUGUUCAAAAAAUUUAACAGCGACAUGAAACUCAACAUUGAUAAAGUGUUGAAAAAGCCGAACCGGACAGAGGAAUUCGACGCAAGUACCCUGUUAUAUACAGGCGCGAACCUGAUAACGCACGGCAUGAACCGGGCAAUAUCGACUGGCAAUUGGUCCCUAAAGCGUUUCAAGAUGGAGCGUGCGGGUGUCACUCACUUCGAGAAAACCAGGAAAGUUUCCGGUCCUCGAGCUCUCCAGCCGUCGCAGUUUGGGCUGUUAUGCCCGUCUGACACGCCUGAGGGAGAAGCAUGCGGUUUGGUAAAGAACUUGGCGCUAAUGACGCAUAUAACCACGGACGAUGAAGAGGAGCCAAUCAAGAAACUAGUGUUUGCAUUGGGUGCCGAAGACGCGACUAUUCUUACUGGACAUGAGCUUUAUGCUCCAGGAGCUUACAUCAUUUUUAUCAAUGGUACUCUCCACGGACUUACUAGGUUUCCUAUGAAGUUUCUACGAUCUUUCCGGAAUCUAAGAAGGAACGGGAAGGUUUCCGAGUUUAUUAGUAUAUACGUUAAUCACCAUCACAACGGAGUUCAUAUCGCAACGGAUGGUGGGCGUAUUUGCAGGCCGCUGAUCAUUGUGGAGAACGGACGGUCAAAGCUUAUGGCGAUCUUGUUGCAAAGGGUCUUGUCGAGUAUGUCGACUGCAAUGAGGAAAACGACGCAUAUAUAG